AUGGGGCUGGCCGAGCUAACCACUCUCCUGGCUUUGGUGUCCAUGCCCGGGGCUCAGGCAGUGUGGCUGGGGAGCCUGGAACCCCAGCAGCUGCUGGGACCCUGGUACAUCCUUGCUGUGGCCUCCCGUGAGAAGGGCUUUGUGCUGGAGAAGGACACAAGGAGUGUGGAGGGUGUGGUGGUGACGCUCACACCAGACAGAACGCUCAAGCUGCUGUCCUCUUGGCGUGGGCCAGAGGGCUGCAGCCAAAGUGUGGUGGAGCUGCAGAGGCAGGACUCGGGAUGGGUGUUCCAGAACCCCUCUCUGGGAGUGCUGGAGUACCGGGUUCUGGGCACCAACUUCAGAGACUACGCCAUCGUCUUCACCCAGCUCGAGUUUGGGGAGGAGGACUUCAACACCGUAGCUCUGUACAGUCGGACAGAGACGGCCAGCGAGGAAGCCAUGCGGCUCUUCACCAAGUGGAGCAGUGGCCUGGGCUUCUGGUCCCAGCAGCGGGCCCAGCUACAGAGGGACUUGAGCACAGGGGCGAAAGUGCAGCAGCAUCCUGGACUGGCUGAGGAGCUGCUGUUGGGCUGGCUGUUCUUGUAGGCUCUCUGGGCUCGGAAUAAAGAGACUCCACAGCAAACCUGCCCCUGUGUCCAGACUGGGGCCCUGCCGCAUGUGCUGGAGCAUGCAGAGGAGCUGGA